AUGCGUCGAUUUAAUCCUAUAUGGUUUAAAGAGUAUGGAAGUUGGUUGGAAUAUAGUAUUGAAAAGGAUGCUACAUAUUGUUUAUAUUGUUAUCUAUUUACACAAGAUAUUGGUAUGCAAUCUGGAAGUGAUAGUUUUGUGACAAAGGGAUUCAAUAGUUGGAAUAAGAAAGGAAAGCUAGACCUAUAUGUUGGAGCUUUUCAUGGUCAUGAUGAAUUUGAUAAUUCAAGUGAUAAGGGAAAUUUCCUUGACCUUCUACAAUUUUUGGCAAAUCAUAAUGAUGUUAUUAAUGAAGUGUUGCAGAAAACUCCAAAAACCAACAAGCUAACCUAUCCUGAUAUUCAAAAAGACAUUGUGAAUGCAACUACACAUAAAACUACCAAUGCCAUUAUCGAAGAUCUUGACAGUGGGUUCUUUUCAAUUUUAGUUGAUGAGUCCUCCUCCGCUUUGUCUCUAAAAGCUGCAAUUGGAUUUUUAUUCUGUAAAUAUGAAUUGAGUUUACCAAGACUACGUGGGCAAGGUUAUGAUGGGGACAAUAACAUGCAAGCUAUUGCUAACAAGCAUACUGAUAUUGCUAAAUUUUUAAGCUUUGUUAGUAAAAUAGUAACUAUUGUUGGAGUCUCUUGUAAAAAACGAGAAUUUUUACAAAAUGCACAACUUGCCAAAAUUCAAGAAGCAUUGAACUUGGGUGAACUUGAAAGUGGGCAAGAUUUAAACCAAGAGACAAGUCUUAAACAUGCUGUUGAUGUACUUGAGAUGAUUCAAAAGGAUAGUCUAUUCUCUGAGCAAAGAGUUGAAGCUCAAUCUAUUUUAAGCAAACAUGAUAUUCCUAUCUUGAACAUGGAUGAAAUAUUUGUAGUUGGUGUGAGGCCACGACGCAACGCCCCACAAAUUACAAAUUUACAUCACUAUCGUGUUGAUCUAUUCUUUGAAGUCAUAGAUUUGAAACUUCAAGAGCUUAACAAUCAUUUUCCAAAGGCAACUACUAAGUUGCUACUUUGUAUGGCUUGCUUGAAUCCAAGUGAUUCGUUUUUGGCUUUUGAUAUAAAAAAAUUGACAUGUCUUGCAAAUUUCUAUCCAUCUGAUUUUUCUGAGACAGAUGUAUUGGCACUUGAUAAUCAGCUUCAAACUUACAUUGUUGAUAUACGCUCCAAUGAUGAGUUUUUAGAGCUUAAAGGAAUUGGGGAACUUGCUAGAAAGAUGGUGGAGACAAAUAAGAAUGUUAUAUAUCCACUAGUAUAUUUUCUUGUAAAGUUAGUUUUGACUCUUCUUGUUGUGACUACAACAAUGAAAUAUAUCAAGAAUGAACUACACAAUCGAAUGGGGGAUCAGUGA